AUGCGUGCAGGGGCAUUGAAUCUAGCCACCACAGCAGCACAACAGCAAGGAGGCAGUGCGCUGUGUGCCGCUUGCUGCGUGUUCUCUGCGCACCCACCUGCUUGCUCGUCUCCUCUCUCCUCUCUUUGCCUGCUCCCUGCAGCGUUGGUGAAGCGAGUGAAUGCAAGGGAAGCUGCUGCCGCCGCCAAGGAGGAACUGGCUGCCGCCGCUGCUGCCCUCCCUGUCCCUCCCUCCUCCUCCUCUGCUGCUGCUGCUGGCGCCGGGAGUGCAGACGGGGGCGGGUGGAUGGAGGUGAAGCGGGACGGGCAGGGCGACGAGGAGAUGGGCGAUGCAGAGGAGGGCGCGGAGGUUGGAGGCGAGGGCAAAGGGGCAGGCGAGGGAGCGGAGAAGGGGGAAGAGGCGGGGGCGGGUGAGGGGGAGGCGGGGGUGGAUGCGAUAUCGGAGGCGCCGGUGGGGACGGGGCUGGCGGCGGCGCUGGCGCUGCUGAAGGACCGCGGGGCGCUGAAGGGCGAGGUGGAGUGGGGCGGGCGCACGAUGGACAAGAAGCGCAGCAAGUUGGUGGGCGUGCUGGAUGACAAGGGCCAUGACCGCCCCCACGCGUUCAAGGAAGUGCGCAUCGACCGCAUCGACGAGUUCGGCCGCGUGAUGACGCCCAAGGAGGCGUUUCGCAAGCUGUCACACGCGUUCCACGGGAAGGGGCCGGGCAAGAUGAAGCAGGAGAAGCGCAUGCGCGCUUAUGAGGAGGACCUGAAGCGCAAGGGCAUGGCGGCGGGCGACACGCCCAUGCACUCCGUGGAGCGGCUGAGAGAGGUGCAGGCUCAGACGCAGUCGCCCUACGUGGUCAUCACUGGGCAUGUCAAGCCGGGGCAGAUCUCGGACCCGGCCAACUCGUUUGCGACGAUGGAGAGGGAGAGGGAGGUGGUGGGCAGCCUCACGCCCAUGCUGGGCCACGCCAAGGUGGAGCAGUAUCUGGGCAUCACCAAGGCCCCACCGGCCUCUGCGCCCGGCUCUUCCCGCACGCCCAUGGGUCCUCCACGUGCCAAGCCACCUCGCCCCUGA